AUGGGAGGUGAUUUAAGGUCUUCGUGGAAGAAGAUUAAUCCGGAUCAUUAUGCAACCAUCAAGAGUUUUCGAAGUCGGGGAGUACUCUACGUUUCGUUAAUAUACGAGAUCACGGAUGUACCAUUCCAUGAAAAUGGUUAUAUUGGUACGGGGGUAGACUAUGAAAAACCAAGCGGGAAAGAUUCUUUUCGUUUUAUUUUUUCUUAUCCCGAGGAAAAUCCCGAUCACUUACCAAAGAUAGCAUCGAUUAUUCAAGAAAAAGAUGAGACGAGGGAGACCCCAUUAACCAAGAAUGAAGCAAUAUAUGAAAAAUGCGAUAAUGCAUGUUAUUAUUUGAUCCGCAUAGAUCAUCAUGUCUGUCUUGUUGUCAUAUCAGAAAGGAUGGAAAGGGCCGAUAGCGGCACACUGGAAUUUAUAACGACAUUGGCCAAGAAAUUAAGUGGUUUAGAAGUUCUUAACAUUCUGCAAAAAUUUGCUGAAUGA